AUAAAAAAAUAGAAAAAAAUAUUGGUCAAACAGCGGUCAAACCGGCUAUCCAAAUCCUUUCCUCGCCUAUCGCCGUGUUCUUCUGUUCCGGACGCCGCCAGAGUCAGCCUUCUCCUCCGUUGUGCGCAAACAGCGGUAGCGGAAGGAAGAGCAGCGAGCGACAAAUUUUCGUUCGUGGCAGCGGCGACGGUUCUCCUCGACCUUUGAUUUCGAUUCCUUCGGUUAAGCGAGGCCGAUUGGGCCAGCUGCCCGGGGGUUGCAGCGGGGUAUCCUGGCGGUGGGCAGCCGCUUGGCGGGUUCAGGAUUUUGGGUUGGCGUUCGUACUGUUUUGGCAGGGGAAACGGGCCUGAGGAUAGAAUCCCUUGUCCAGAAUUUGUGACACAGGUAGGUUUAUUUAAUGUUACUUGAAUUUUACCUUGUUGUUUGAGCAUGACAAUAAUCGGUGAGACGUGAUUCUUCUGAUAGGCCGCCGAGUAUACUGUUCUGGUUACGUGAAUUGUUAUGAGCUUACUGGUGUUUCUGUUGUAUUGUGAACUCUGUUGAGAAUAGGCCACCUAGAAUAUCUAGGCGGAUGAGAAACUAAAUUGAAUAUCUAGAACACCAAUAGGACUUGUUAGGUUCGGGCCAUGUGGAGCAUGUUUGCAUAUCCAGUGGCCAAGGGUUCAAAAUGUACGCAUGAGAGUCACAGUCUUACCUUUGGGAUUCCUUGGUAGGGACUCCAACCCGCCAAUUGAGGAUCCUUUUUGGGUUUGUUUGAGCAUUGGCCUUGAGGGAUCCGCUCUAGCGCCUGUAACUCUAGUCUAUUGAUCUAAGCCUUACUUUGAACAAUAAUGUUGUCUAUUUACAUAUACUAUUGUUUCCUCAUUGUGUAUGAAUGUGGUAUCUAUGAAUUAAUUCUAGCGUUAGAUAUAUUCUCACUUAGCUUUCAGCCGAGCAUGCAGUCUUUGUUGUCUUUGGUAUUUUGUUGAAGCUACUCCUGGAGGGCAACGAGACGGAAGGGGAUGUUCUGGAUGUAGAAUUGUUAGUCGUUAAUGGACUGAUUUGUUCUAAUGAUAUGGCCGUAACAGAAGUUCCAGCUCAAGAAACACAAACAACAAUGGAGGAGAAGACGAAAAACAAGCUAUUGCUGGUCCUUUAUGCUUCACAGACUGGAAACGCAAUCGACGUUGCCGAAAGAUUGGGCCGCGAAGCUGAGCGUCGAGGCUGUCCUGCACUAGUAUUAUCAGUCGACGAGUAUGAUCCUGCUUCACUGCCCAACGAGGAUAUGGUAAUUUUUGUUGUUUCAACUACUGGUCAAGGAGACACUCCAGACUCCAUGAAGGUGCUCUGGAGCUUCUUGUUGAAACGCAGUCUCAGCCAAAGUUGGCUUAAAAAUGUUAAGUAUGCUGUCUUUGGAUUGGGUGAUUCUGGGUAUCAGAAAUAUAAUUAUGUUGCGAAGAAGCUUGAUAAGAGACUCUUGGAUUUGGGUGCCACUCCCGUUAUUGAAAAAGGUCUGGGAGAUGAUCAGCACCCUUCAGGGUAUGAAGGAGCUUUUGACCCUUGGAUGUCUUCUUUAUGGAAUGUGUUGCACCAAAGUAAUCCAAUGAUAUUCCCAAAUGGUCUAGAAUAUGAGAUAUCAUAUUUAAAGCUCAUGGAACAACCUAAAAUAAAUGUUACAUAUCAUGAUGCUAAUGAUACUGAUGUCAGAACUCGGCCAUUUUCAAUGCUUGCAAGAGUUACAGUUGCAGAUCUGAAUUCUAUUGAGGUGCAAUUUGGAAGAGCUCGCUCAAUGUCACCUGGAACACUUUCUGAAAAAAUUCACCCUGAUUGCUUUCUUAGAAUGGUAAAAACUGACCCGUUAUGUAAAGCAGGCUGUGGGAAAGAUGUACACCGCCUUGAACUUGAACCUGUUUCAUCGUCAAUCCAGUAUGAAGUUGGUGAUGUGCUUGAGGUUCUACCUGGACAAAGUGCUGCUUCAGUGGAUGCUUUUAUAAAGCGUUGCAAUUUGAACCCUGAUUCGUACAUCACAGUGCAUCCCAGAGAUAAAGACCAAAAGCUUUUUGAUACUUCCAAAUGUUCUCAAAUGCUCCCGGUAAAGCUAAGAACUUUUGUAGAGCUCUCUAUGGACAUUUCAUCCGCCUCUCCUCGACGUUAUUUCUUUGAGAUCAUGAGUUAUUUUGCCACAUCUGAGCAUGAGAAGGAGAGACUUCAGUAUUUCGCUUCACCUGAAGGAAGAGAUGAUCUGUAUCAGUACAAUCAGAAGGAAAGGAGAACUGUACUGGAGGUACUGGUUGAUUUCCCUUCAGUUCAAAUGCCAUUUGAAUGUCGCAUGGACAACACCCUAUGGAAGGAAGCGAAAGGGUCUUUGCUCAUCUUGGUUAGCUGGACUUGAUCCUCAACAAGGUACAGUUUUACUCACGUUUCUGAAUAACUAUCACAUUGGUGAGAAUGUUUUCUUUUUAAAUUAUAUUCAUGUUAGGAAUUUUCUAGUUAUUUAAUUAAGUUUGUUCUACUUGUACCCAUGUUCACCCCAUUUAAUUAUAAACAUUACAAAAGAGAUUUCAGUUUAAUACAAGUGCAAAAAAGACCGUUCAUAUUAAUUUUAUAUGAAUGUGUUUAAAACGUUUAAAACCUAAUUAAUUAAUUAAUUUUUGAACAAUGAAUAUUGUUGUUAUAC